CAACUCCAGGAGCUACGCUCGCCACACACACGAGCAAAAGAUCAGAAAUGGCUUCCGUUCUUCUUCUCCAAGCAGUGCCAAGUAGGAAAACGUAUCGAAUUCUUGAUGUGAUACAGCUUCUUUAGCCCCCCCAUUGCGCCUGAAGACUUGCCCCAUCAUAUAGAAGAUCCCAUGUCUUCUUCCUGUGCCGUGCUCCCUUCUUCAAGAACCGACUUCGUGGACCCGGGUCGUCGUCAAAGAUUGCUCGUGCCCUCGAGAGUUCGCGGGCGAAGGGGCGAGUGUCACUUGGGUAGGAGGAGUUUUGCGUUCGGAGGAAUCGUGGCGUCGGGUGUUGCGAUGGCUGGGUCGUCCCUAUUGACUGAACCCGUCAAAGGAGCGGAUAGGUUACCUUUCAAGCCGGAAGGGUACAACUACUGGACAUGGCGAGGUCAUAAAAUACAUUACGUGGUGCAGGGGGAGGGGUUUCCGGUUGUUCUGAUUCAUGGGUUUGGUGCGUCAGCGUAUCAUUGGAGGUAUAACAUUCCUGAAUUGGCUAAAAGCUACAAAGUCUAUGCUAUAGACUUACUGGGAUUUGGUUGGAGUGAGAAAGCACUGGUUGAAUACGAUUCAAUGAUAUGGAAGGAUCAAGUUGUUGAUUUCCUGAAGGAUAUAGUGAGGGAGCCUGCAGUUCUAGUUGGCAACAGCCUUGGAGGGUUCACUGCUUUGGUAUCUGCUGGGGGAUUGCCUGAGCAAGUCGCCGGAGUAGUACUGCUCAACUCUGCAGGACAGUUUGGAAACCCUAGUGCUAAAGUCAAGAACUCUGAAGAAAGUGUUUUGCAGAAGGUUGUCGUGAAGCCACUGAAGGAGAUUUUUCAGCGGAUAUUCCUCGGGUUUUUGUUCUGGCAAGCAAAGCAACCAGCUCGUAUUGAAUCUGUCUUGAAGAGUGUUUACGUAGAUUCCUCAAAUGUGGAUGACUAUCUUAUCGAGUCAAUAACUAUGCCGGCGGCGGACCCCAAUGCUGGAGAAGUUUACUACAGAUUAAUGUCGCGCUUCAUGAUGAACCAGAGCAGAUAUACCCUGGACAGCAUAUUGAGCAAACUCUCGUGCCCGCUGCUGUUAAUUUGGGGCGAUUUAGACCCGUGGGUCGGUCCCACAAAGGCCAUUCGUAUCCAGCAGUUCUACCCAAACACGUCCUUAGUCAACCUUCAGGCGGGCCACUGCCCUCACGACGAAGUCCCGGAACUUGUCAACAAGGCGUUACUCGAUUGGUUGCCAACCAUAGCUCCAAAAACCUCCCUUCCGGAAUUGUAAAUACAGAUUUGCAAUUUACCUUCGGGCGCCACCGCCCCUGCUUUAUCUUAGGAUUCAACCACUACAGUGUAUAUUCUAUUUAAAGUGAUUAAUCAAAGUUUUGACGGGUUAGGUUGGGAA